GUACAUUACAAUCUUGGUUUGCCAUGUCCUUAUAGCCUGAUUACCAUGUCUCUCUACUACGAUGCUGUCUCGAUCUUGACCGCGCCCGCCUCCACCGGUGGUUCUUUCAAAUCGCGCAUCUACAACGCGCGCAAUAUAAAGGCAUCCCCAGCGCAGAUCUAUGCGCUGGUCAUCGAGGCUUCAAAGUGGGAUAUUCUCCUUAAGGAGGUCAUUGAGAAUGCCGGGAUUCUGAGCUUAGAGCCGAAGUUAACUCCGUUGCUUGCACUACUCCUGGUACACGAUCACCUGAUAGCGAAGAAAGGAAUCGCGGCUCCAGCGAACCAUGCCCUUCGACAGGCCGUGGAGAGACACAAGGCAAGGCUGAGGGCGGAGUUCACCAAGGCCCGCGUGAGGCGUGGAUGCGCCUCGGUCGAGACGCUGAAGGAUGCGGUCCGGAAAGAGAAGAUCGCCUCUCUUGGGCCGCAGGCUGCCGCUGCAGCAAUCUAUCCGCGCUGGGUACGGGUCAAUAAUAUUCAGUCCACUGUGGAACAGCAGUUGGCGACGACGUUUGCCGGGUAUCAGCGGGUCGAGGCGCUGUCGCAGCUCGUAGGAGACGACAAUGAUAGCGCUCAGGAUCAAGGGAAACGUCCAGGGCUAGGUGACAAACAGCAGCGGAGGUUUCGUUUGGACCCGCACAUCCCAGAUCUUCUCGCCAUUGCACCCGGGAUGGACUUCACCUCCUCCCAGGCGUACAAGAACGGCGAGAUCAUCCUCCAAGACAAGGCGUCUUGCUUUCCGGCCUACCUAUUGUUAGGCGAUGACGGAUCUUGGCAGGGAAACAUGAUCGAUGGGUGCGCAGCGCCGGGUAACAAGACAACCCAUAUGGCUUCGUUGUUAGCUAAACAGUCUGCCGGGAACCGCAUCUUUUCCAUCGAUGCUUCACCAGCUCGGGCGAAGACCCUGCAUAAAAUGGUCACUGCGGCCCAUGCCAAUUCCACCGUGACGGUUCUCGCAGGCCAGGAUUUCCUCGCAUUGGACCCUGAUGACUCCCGGUUCGCCGAUGUCACCCGGUUACUGCUCGAUCCGAGUUGUUCAGGCAGCGGGAUCAUUGGCCGUGAUGACGUUCCCAAGCUCGUCCUUCCCGGGACUACCACAUCGUCCGACAAAUCUAAAUCACGUAAUCAGGGCAAAAAGCGCAAGCGCCGUCAUGAUGACGAGGCAGACACUUCGAGCGACUCCCCUGCAGAUUCGACAAUCACCCUAUCCACCAGCGACGAGAAUGAGCUCGCAAGUUCGCAUCUUGACCCCGAGCGUCUGAACAAAUUGUCCAAUCUGCAGGCCCGGAUCGUGGAGCAUGCGCUCGAGUUCCCAGCAGCCACCCACAUCACGUACAGCACGUGCUCCAUCCACAUGACCGAGAAUGAGAGCGUCGUGUCUCGUGUGCUCGCCUCUGACGUAGCGAAGCGACGCGGAUGGAGGGUUAUGAGACGAGAUGAGCAGCCUGCUGGCUUGAGAAAGUGGCGCCAUCGGGGGAUCAAAACGGAGCCGAUUGAAAACGAUAAUGGUUCCAGCCAGCCGAGUCCCAGCAUCGACCUUUCCGAUGAGGAUCUGGAGGGCUGCUUGCGUUGCUGGCCCGGGGACGACGAGGGAUUGGGCGGGUUCUUCGUCGCAGGAUUCGUCCGUGAUGGGAGCGUGGACGACUGGUCUGGUAUGGGUCAUGAAUCGGAUGGCUUAGACGAUGAGGAAGGAGAUAGCGAUUCGUUCGAAGGCUUUUCUGAUUGA